AUGGAUUAUGAGGCAGCUCUUGGCUAUAUUCUCUUUAGCUUAGAUCAAUAAUUUAAAAAUAAUAUUGUUAUUAAUAAAAUAGGAAUUAAUUUGUUAUGCUGCUACUGGAAAAUUAACCAACUCAAACUUCUUUCUCUUGUAUAGAUUUAAAAAGUCAUAGAAAUCAAUUAGUUUAAGUAUGACUUAGCUCUUUUUAUUGGUCAAAAUUAUAAAUAAUCUAAAUUAAAAUAAAUGUAUUAAAAUUGA